AUGGCAACGAUAUAUAAAAUACUGGUCAAUGAGAGCCAUCACAUUCAAUUUCAUCACAGUUCAGUUGUAACAAAAUCACAAUUAUCCAAAGAUCAAACUCUCUCCAAUAUAUCAGUCAAAAUGUCCGUUUACGUUGUCACUGGAGUUUCCAGGGGGAUUGGCUUCGAGUUUAUGAAGCAGCUCUCGGAAGACCCAAACAAUCUAUUUGUCGGUUUGGUUCGCAACAAAGAAGAAACCGAGAAGAAAGUAGCAGCAGAGCUCGGUGGCAAUCGCACGAACAUCCACAUCAUCAGCGCGGAUCUCGCCAGCCACGCCAGCUUGAAGCAAGCAGCGAUAGAGACAGAGCGAGUUGUUGGAGAUAGAGGUAUUGAUUAUCUAGUCGCUAACGGAGCGUACCUAACUGAAUUCGAUGCCUACGGACCCCUCAGCUCCUUGAGUGACAAAGUCGAAGAGCUAGAAAAAGUUGCCUUGCAGGUCACACAAACCAACAUCAUUGGCACUGUUCAUCUCUUCAACCUCUUUGUUCCUCUUGUCUUGAAAGGCAAAACCAAGAAAGUCAUACACAUAUCCUCUGGUAUGGCCGACAUUGAGCUGAUCGACAAGUUCGAGCUUGUUUUCUCGACCUUGUACUCCGCGGGCAAGGCCGCUACCAACGUUGUCGUGGCCAAGUACAGUGCUCAGUAUAAAAAGGACGGGGUGCUGUUCUUUAGUUUGAGCCCUGGAGUCGUGAAUACGGCUGUGCCAAAGCAGCGUACGCCUGAAGAGACUAAAGCUCUGAUGGAGCUUAUUUCUAAGGUCGCCGCCUAUGCCCCUGAAUGGAAGGGUCCUAUUACCCCCGAAGAAUCGGUUACGAAGAUGAGGACAGUUUUGGAACAGGCAAGCAUCGAGGGGAACUAUGGAGGUUCCUUCAUCUCGCACCACGGGAACAAGCAGUGGGUUUAAGCAGAAGUAGCGGCCCCAUCACAAUGGACUUCAUUAUUUGU